AUGAAUGAAAAACUUCGACAUCAUAGGACGCUAUGUGAGUGGAUAGUUAUUUUCUUAAAGAACAACUACACAGCCUUGUCUGAUCUGUCGGGAAAGAACUCUCUUAGCAAAGAACUGCUUCAUGACAUCGGAUUCGAUCCUUUGAGUUUGACUGCCGAUUUAAUUAUGGAGCGUGCGAGUAGUUUGGCAAAACACAUCGAUCCGUGCGAUUGGGCUGAAAUCUUUAUUCAAGAUGAGUUUCGAUGCAACCCGUUCUUAAAUUCUGAUGACAACCAGCUUGCCAGGAGCGAGUUUCCUUUUCAGAGCACUAAAAUACAUGAAUGGUUUCAAGUUUCACUUUCCAAAAGGAACGUGACUGAAGGCAACCCUGAGUCUUACGUCAACAUUGUGAACGUUCAAGGAUGGAUCUCUGCGAGUGAGAUUCCUUGUCACUCGAUAGAGGAACAGUUUGAAAACUUGUAUCACGGUACAGAUCAUGACAGUGCUGUGGACAUCUUGAAUGGUCGCGGCAUACAUCUACCGGCAGGAAGGCAGAAACGAGAUUUCAGCUCUGGAAAAGGGUUCUACCUUACAAAAUCAUUUGAGGAUGCCUACAAGUGGGCUAAGAGAAAGUCAGUCAAGCCAGCCGUUUUGGUAUUCCGACCGAAACAUGAUGAGUUCUGGAAUAAUGAAAAGAUCCAGAGAUUGACUUUGCUUUCAAAUGAAAACCCCGAAGAAUGGAAGGAGAUCGUAGCUUUAUUUCGGUCGGGAAAACAGUCGACGAAGAAACGAGAGAUUUUAAGAGAUUACGACUUGAUCGAAGGUUCUGUGGCAAAAGUAAGCCACGUGAGUGGCCAUCUCGAGUACAAAGCAAUACCUUUGUCUUACCAGGUGUGUUUGAUUUCAAAAGACUUUGCGAGAAAGUUUCGAAAGAGUCUUCACUCGAUCUUGUUCUUCAGCGAUCAUUCGGUAAGAUAUUAUUAAGCAAGGUCUUCGCGUGUUGUAAGCCAAGCAUGGAUUUCGUCAGUUAAAAGCUAAAUCCAGCCAUGGAUAUAAGAAGAAACCAAAAAAGCCACUAGAUCCGCUUGAUCUCUGACUAGUUUUUGUCAGACUGUGGAUACGGAUUGUAUGUGUUUCAAACUAAUUUUUAACAUUUAAAAGCAACAUGCCAACCAACUAUCCAGUACUUGAAUGAGUUUUUAUCACGAAGCUUCCUUUGUUCAGCUAAGGAUUUUGUUGUUUAUGGACGUAUGAUUAUGUAUCGAUAAUGAUAGUAGCCGUUCCAGCAAAUAUCAAAUGUAUCCCCACUCUUGACGAGGGACUAUGUAAGAUGCGUUAACAACCUAUCAGCUGCAGAAACGGUACCCUGUACAGACUCA